UCCCUCGUCAACCAGACCGAACCACAAAAAAUAAUCCAGCUCUUAGGAACCCUAACUUGUCAAAGCAACAGCCAAAAUCCUUGAAUCCGGUAACCUGUUCAAAGAUCUCUGCUUUUUCUCUUUCCUUGAAACAAAACUAAAUUUUUAUGACAACAAUCUUUUACAUCAAUCCUUUAGUUAUUCAACAACCAACCCACAAUUCUCCAUGGCUACAGAAGCCACCGCCAGCAAAUUCCAAAACCCUGAUUUCCGCCCGGUUGAAAUCUCUGUAACCGCUCAUGACGGCCUCCAUUUUUGGCAAUUCAUGGUCGCCGGUUCCAUCGCCGGCUCCGUCGAGCAUAUGGCUAUGUUUCCAGUUGACACAGUCAAAACCCACAUGCAAGCUCUCGGUUCUUGCCCAAUUAAAUCCGUCAGUGUCACCCACGCGCUCCGUUCUAUCCUCCAAUCCGAUGGACCCUCCGCCCUCUACCGUGGUAUCGCCGCCAUGGGUCUUGGCGCGGGCCCUGCUCACGCUGUCUAUUUCUCCGUCUACGAAGUAUGUAAGAAGUAUUUCUCUGGUAAUAAUCCAAAUAAUUCAAUGGCUCACGCCAUGUCCGGUGUUUGUGCUACAGUGUGCAGCGACGCCGUUUUUACGCCUAUGGAUGUGGUGAAGCAGAGAUUGCAAUUGGGGAAUAAUACUUAUAAGGGAGUAUGGGAUUGUGUUAAGAGGAUUUUAAGAGAAGAAGGGGUUGGGGCGUUUUAUGCAUCUUAUAGGACUACCGUUUUAAUGAAUGCACCUUUUACGGCUGUGCAUUUUGCAACUUAUGAGGCCACAAAGAGAGGCUUAAUGGAGAUUUCACCAGAGAGUGCUAAUGAUGAGCGGUUGGUUGUUCAUGCUACUGCUGGAGCUGCGGCUGGAGCUCUUGCUGCUGCUGUUACCACUCCACUUGAUGUUGUUAAAACUCAGUUGCAGUGUCAGGGUGUUUGUGGGUGCGAUAGAUUUAAAAGUGAUUCAAUUGGCGAUGUGAUCAAGGUAAUACUAAAAAAGGAUGGGUACAGAGGGCUCAUGAGAGGUUGGAUUCCAAGGAUGCUUUUCCAUGCACCUGCUGCAGCCAUCUGCUGGUCUACAUAUGAAGCCUCCAAAGCUUUCUUUCAGGAACUCAAUAAUAACAGCAACAGUGGUACUAUUACCUGAAUAAACAUCAAAAGUAAGGGGAUUUACAAUUUUUAGUUGCGCGACAAAUAAUGCUAUACGAGGAACAAGAUGUUAGCUUCACACGAGGGAUGUUAAGCACACGAGGGAUGUUAAGCAAGAUGCAUGCGUAAUUUUUCUGGUCUCAUCCCUGUUUUCUCAGGUGUUAGUAGAAAAAUUGAUUUGUCAGAUUAGAAGAAUCAAUUGUGUUGUACACAUUGUUGUCCGAUAAAUAUAUUUUUCUCCAGCAUAUUGUAGUUUGCAAGAAAUCCUCAAAUGUGUCCUAUCCAAUUUUUUUUAACUUGGAAGAAUUUUGCAUAAAGAAGUUAUUCAAUUUCCUGGUCCGUUCAAUGAUUA